ACCUAAGCAGCUCUGAAAAGUUUUCGUCUCUUUCUUCUUAAUAAGCUAAAAAAUCCUUUGUGAUAACAAUGGCUGGUAAGGGAGAAGGUCCUGCGAUCGGUAUCGAUCUUGGUACUACCUACUCUUGUGUUGGAGUGUGGCAACAUGACCGUGUUGAGAUCAUUGCUAAUGAUCAAGGUAACCGGACCACGCCGUCUUACGUCGCUUUCACCGACACCGAGAGGCUGAUCGGUGAUGCUGCGAAGAACCAGGUCGCCAUGAACCCUGUUAACACUGUCUUCGAUGCAAAGAGGUUAAUUGGUCGUAGAUUCAGUGAUGCAUCUGUCCAAAGCGAUAGGAAGUUGUGGCCUUUCACUGUCAUCACUUCAGGAACUGCUGAGAAACCAAUGAUCGCAGUCAACUACAAGGGUGAAGAGAAACAGUUCGCCGCUGAGGAGAUCUCUUCCAUGGUUCUCAGUAAGAUGCGUGAGAAGUGUGAAGCUUACCUUGGCACUACUAUCAAGAACGCUGUGGUCACCGUUCCUGCUUACUUCAAUGUGCAGACAAGAAGAAGAUCGAGGACUCCAUUGAGCAGGCGAUCCAGUGGCUCGAGGGUAACCAGUUGGAUGAAACUGACGAGUUUGAAGCAGCCCCGGCACUGACCCUCCUGCCUUAGGCGGUGCUGGACCCAAGAUCGAGGAAGUCGACUAAGUUGUUUAUUAGUCAUUUUUAGUGUUGGUUUUCUCUGUUUUUUAUCUCUUUUAUUUGAGAUAAGUACUCUCUGUUUGUUGUUGUCUGAAUGUCUGGUGACCCUUUCUCUCUAAAACGCUUAGUGAUAUUGUAACUGCUUAGGAAAAUUUCUCUAGUUGAACUUAUUACAUACCUGUAUUGCUGUAUCGACAUGGUCCUCCUUUCCUUUCGGGUAGGUGCUGCCCAAAUCCGGUUUAAACACGAACCGAUUUGAA